GGGGGGGUGAAAGGGUGAAGGGGUGUCCGCUGUUAAAGGCGCUAUGUUAACCGCUAUGUCAGAAACGAGUUCAUAACAGGGAGGAGAGGUAAACUCCGUGGUUUUGCGCGUCCGGUGGAGCGUUGCAUCGUCACAGCAGAUAAGCGUUAACGCCCUCAUAGGUUCUGUCGGCGUGUCUUAGCGGUAGGCUGAGGGGUUUGUUGUUUUCUCAUGCAUGGAAUGCCACCAAAAGCAACGUGAACUUGGUUGCAGUUCUGAACAGGGUCGCUCUCCGCCGAUUUAAUCCCAUCUGUCCGACAGCGCUGCUGGGAAAAUCCCAGACUGAUUACAUAGGAACCACUGAGGACCCAGCCUUUUGAAAUGAAAGAGGAAAAAGUUCCUGGCGCUGAAAAACAUCCCCACAGCAUGAUGCUGCCACCACCAUGCUUCACUGUAAGGAUGGCAUUGCCGCGGUGAUGAACGGUGCCUGGUUUUCUCCAGACCAGAGCAUUCUCUUUCCCAAUGCGUAACAUACCGACGAUUUGUCACGUCCCGAGGCAUCUCAUAGUAACGCGAAAGGGUGAUCACAUAUAUUGUGAAGUCAUGAGAGGCUCGGCGAGCAUGUGAAGAUGUCCCAGAAGGCAACUAAAAUAUGGUGGCCUAGGCUUCUCCCAGUUCUCCUGUUCUUCGUCACCUUUGUCAUGUUCUACUGUUCAUAUGCCUUGAUUCAGAGCUAUGGAGGCACCAGCAAGUCUCCCAGCAGUAGCAAGUCGCUGUGUGGUGGCUGGCUAACCCAGAAGAAAUGGGAGAGCCUUAAGUUUAACAUUAGCAGACGGACGCAGCUCUUUAUGAAAAUGGAGGAUUUCUUUUGGCGGGAGCAUCUGUCAGAUCUGGCAUUACCUUAUGGCAUUAAGGGCAGUGAGCUGCUGCUACUAAAAGUGCUUGCUGUAACUGCAAAUUAUCACGUGCCAGCCAACAUCGAAAACCUUGAAUGCAGAACCUGUGUAGUCAUAGGUAACGGCUUUGCCAUUAAAAACAGCUCCCUGGGAAGCAUCAUUAAUAAAUACGAUGUGGUCAUUCGGUUGAAUGAUGCCCCGGUAAGAGGCUAUGAGGAAGACGUGGGGAACAAGACCACCAUGAGGUUCUUCUAUCCUGAGUCAGCCUUCUACAACCCCGGACUGGACAAUGAGCCCGACACCCUCAUGGUCCUGGUGCCUUUCAAACAGCAAGAUCUACGGUGGCUCAAAGAGAUCCUCUACAAUGAGAAGAGGGUACUGGAUGUCAGGAAAGGCUUUUGGAAACCCCCUCCUCAAAUUUGGUUGGGUGACGCCAGUAAAGUUAGAGUGCUGGACCCACACUUCUUGCAUCAGACUGCAGUCAAGCUGCUAAAGAUCAAUUUUCACCCCAAGAGCAAACAGAUCCCAGUGCAUCCUACCACCGGUAUACUUGCCAUCUUUGUUGCUCUCAACUACUGUGACGUGGUCCACGUUGCUGGAUUCGGAUACCCUCGCUCAAAGAGCCAACAGCAACAGCCCAUCCAUUACUACGGAUAUGCCACCAUGAAGUCUAUGAAGAAUUCUUACCACGACCUCAAUCAUGAAGCUGAAGCCUUAAAAAGACUGGAGGAUUCGGGAACCAUUCUCUACCUGCAUCCACAUUUAUGAUACACAUUCAUCUCCAUUUUUGGGGGGGUCAUCUGACUCAGAUCUUAAUGUGCCUUCUGCGCUGGGAUAUGUGAAUUUUGCUGAACGUGACAAUCCUGGCACCUUAUGUGUGUUUUUUUUCUAAAGUGAAAAAAAUAGAGUGAUUUAACCGCUUUCCAAUUUUUUUUUUGCUUUGGUGAUGUGGGUCAGCAUUUUUUUUUAAGAAUAUUCAACUCACUAGAUAAAUAAACGAAUAAAUAAAAUUCUGAAAUAGAAAAAAACUGUCUUAACACAAACAGCAAUCCAGCUGUUUGUGUUAAGACAGCUGCAGCAAACUGGUUUUAUCAGUCGAUGUCUAGUCUUGGUGCUUGUUGUUUUUCGGUUCUUGUGAUGAACUGAGUUGAUGGAAUGAAAACAAUUUAAUCAAAUGACAAUUUUGCUCAUUUGUUAUACUUUGACUACGGUGAUUGUUUCAGUAUUUAAUUUAUUUCCUUUUUUUAUCAUAUACAAAUGGUACCACUGGAUAUUUUGUAAUGUACAGAAUAAAAUACAUUUGUAAAUUAAAGGUGAUCAAAACUGA